AUGGUGAAGCUGCUCCCCGCCCAGGAGGCGGCCAAGAUCUACCACACCAACUACGUGCGCAACGCCAGGGCGAUCGGCGUGAUGUGGGGCACGCUGACCAUCUGCUUCUCGGUGCUGGUCAUGGCCCUCUUCAUCCAGCCCUACUGGAUCGGGGACAGCGUCAACACCCCGCUGGCGGGCUACUUCGGCCUCUUCUCCUACUGCGUGGGCAACGUGCUGUCCUCCGAGCUCAUCUGCAAGGGCGGCCCUCUGGACUUCUCCUCCAUCCCCUCCAGAGCCUUCAAGACUGCCAUGUUCUUCGUGGCCUUGGGCAUGUUCCUCAUCAUUGGCUCCAUCAUCUGCUUCAGCCUGUUCUUCGUCUGCAACACGGCCACGGUCUACAAGAUCUGCGCAUGGAUGCAGCUGGCUGCGGCCACAGGCCUCAUGAUUGGCUGCCUGGUCUACCCAGACGGCUGGGACUCCAGCGAGGUGCGGCGCAUGUGCGGGGAGCAGACGGGCAAGUACACGCUGGGCCACUGCACCAUCCGCUGGGCCUUCAUGCUGGCCAUCCUCAGCAUCGGGGAUGCCCUCAUCCUGUCCUUCCUGGCCUUCGUGCUGGGCUACCGGCAGGACAAGCUGCUCCCCGACGACUACACGGCCGAUGGACAAGAGGAAGUCUGAAGCAGCUGAAGGGCGAUCACAGGUCAUCUAUUUCCGUGACACUGGAAACUUCCGGAGUAGGAUUCUUCAGAGAUGAACUUGUUCCUGCCCACUUCCUGUCCGAAACCCUUUGCUGCAGGAUUAGAACCUGGUGGGCUCCUGAGGUAGGCUGCCCACUGUCUACAGAACUUUCCAGAGAAGCAGAACUGCAGUGACCAUACCAACGAUAUUCAGACUCAGUCCCUCCCUCCUGAUCGGGGCCCCCAAGUUCUUUUUCGAUCCCUUCAUAUGUGCAAAUUAUUUUCCCUCUUGAGACCUCUGUGAAAGGAGAGGGCGAAUAAGUCCAUGUCUAGGCGCCUCCAGGUCUGACUCCCACAGCCAAUUACCUGAAGGCCUCCAGGGCAGGCACGUGGGUCACAGCCCGGCUCUCAAGGGCAUCUGAAGACGAGGUGGCUAAGCGAGCUGGAUCACCUCAGGUUGAAGUUUUGAGGGGGCCUUUGCGUCUUAUUACAUUUUGUUCCUUAUUGAUGCUCAAGAGGUGGGUGAGGAAGAGGCCUCUGGAACCCGAGGCCGUUAGGAAUCCUAAUAAAGACUGGGUGAACAUAGGACCUAAAAACUUGAGACUGACUUUUUCCUGUGGGACCCCCCAAAUCACACUUUUCACAGAGCCCACACUGACCCAAUCAGAACUGGAUCCCAGACUCAUAAAUCUACUGUGUUCAAGCAAUUGGUUAUAACCACUGAUACAUCUUGUAAAACACUGGGUUUGGCACACUAAAUGGUGAAAGCUUUGCAGGCCCCAGAGGGGCACGCAGUCUGGAUGGCACGUCACUGGAGCAGUGCCAACACGACAGGCUCUUCAGGCUGUUUCCUGCCUGGGGGAUGAUGCGGAGAAACAGGGUCUUGUUGAUUAUCCGAGGUGAUCGAUGCCCAGGAAGAGGUGUGUCCUGCGUGGGCGGGUUCCCCGACAGGCGCGGUAAAUGCUGAACAGGCUGUGGGGGACCUCGUCCCAGCUGGUCCAGCAGCA